CCUCUCCUUCCGUCUCUGAGCGUCGAUAAGCGUGCUGUCAGUACACACUCGCUAGAGAGAUAAACAAGAAGAGGGAAAUAAAAGCAGUGUGGGUCUUGAGUGACGGAGACACACUCAGAUUAUAUCAAUGUAGUCAGAGCAGUUGCUCUGACAGCUAAAAGACAAAAAAACCCACGUGUUUAGUUACCAGUGAUUUGUCAUUGGCGUACAGGUAACUCUUCUUAAAGGUGCAGGUCCUCCUCUGUUCCUCAUGGAUGGCUGCAACAACACUGUCUUUUUCCCAGCCCCUAACUAAAGCCUUGACUUUAUCAGCAUGGAUGGCAUUGGACAGAAGUACUUCACGCCCAUUGACUUUGUGUUAUUUGCCCUGCUCCUGGUGGCCUCCAUGGCAAUAGGGCUGUAUUAUGCCCUCUCUGGAGGACGGCAAAAGACCACACAAGAGUUCCUGUUGGCUGACAGGAGCAUGAGUUGCCUGCCCCUUUCCCUCUCUCUCAUGGCUUCGUUCCAAUCCGCUGUUGCUAUAGUGGGGACACCAGCAGAGAUCUACACCAAUGGCACACAGUACUGGUUCAUUGGCUGCGCUUAUAUCCUGGGGCUCCUGAUACCGGCCCACAUCUUCAUUCCAGUGUUCUACAGACUCCAUCUCACUAGUGCUUAUCAGUAUCUGGAGCUGCGUUUCUCCAAACCAGUCAGAAUAUGUGGGACGAUGACCUUUAUUUUUCAGAUGGUUAUUUAUAUGGGUGUUGGUAUAUAUACUCCAGCUCUCGCAUUGAAUGCAGUUACUGGUUUUCAUUUGUGGGGGACUGUAUUAGCCACUGGACUAGUGUGCACAAUAUACACAGCACUGGGUGGACUGAAAGCUGUCAUCUGGACAGACGUGUUUCAGACCGUGGUGAUGUUUGCAGGUCAGCUUGCUGUCGUCAUAGUGGGUGUGCAGCAGGCUGGUGGCAUUUCUGAAGUUUGGAGGAAAGUCACAGAGGGAGGCUUGAUCUCGGGCAUUGAUCUAAAUCCUGACCCGACUGUGAGACACACCUUCUGGACACUAGCGUUUGGUGGUGUGUUUCUGAUGCUCUCUCUCUAUGGUGUGAACCAGGCACAAGUGCAGAGGUACCUUAGCUCUCGCACAGAGAAAGAGGCUGUAAUGUCAUGCUACAUGGUAUUUCCCUGUCUUCAGGUUGCUUUGGGUCUAAGCUGUUUGAUGGGACUUGUUAUGUUUGCAUGUUAUGGUGGUAACAGCCCUUUAGACAAACAGUAUGUCACAUCUAAAGAUCAGAUGGUCCUAUACUUUGUCAUGGACAUGCUGCAGGACAUUCCUGGACUGCCUGGACUGUUUGUUGCAUGCUUAUUCAGUGCAUCUUUAAGCACAAUAUCCUCAGCUUUCAAUUCCUUGGCCACGGUAACAAUGGAGGAUUUCAUUAAGCCUCAAUAUCCCGCUAUAUCAGAGGCUAGAGCCACCCUACUGUCAAAGAUACUCGCCUUUUCAUACGGCCUUUUAUGCCUUGCUAUGGCCUAUGCUGUCCAUCUGAUGAACAGUUCUGUUUUGCAGGCAUCUCUCAGUAUCUUUGGGAUGGUAGGAGGACCCUUGCUGGGACUCUUCUGUCUUGGGAUAUUUUUCCCUUCAGCCAAUAGCACUGGUGCUGUAACAGGGCUGAUCGCUGGUCUCAUCAUGGCCUUCUGGGUUGGCAUUGGUGGAUUUGUGGCUCAGAUGUCAAGCGUUGCCAUUGAUCAUUCACACAAUGGCACUUAUCCUGUAUCAACAGAAAAUAUGACCUUGACUACAAUGACUUUGAUAUUAACUCCAGGCACUGCUAAAAUGAGUAAACCUAUUGGGCUGCAUGGCUUCUAUUCCCUGUCUUACAUGUGGUACAGUGCUCUCAACUCCACUGUUGUGGUUUUUAUUGGACUUCUUGUCAGUCUCAUCACAGGCCCAAUGAAAAGAAGAGACUUAACAGCUGGCACAGUUUAUCCUCUACUAGAUAAGAUGCGUUUUUUCCUGCAAAUCCUGCUGAAGCCCAAGCUUUGCUGUGGCUCACUUCCAAAGCACAGGCAAAUUACUACAAAUUGUGAGGAAAUGAAUGGUGUUGCCAAUCCAGAGAAAAAUACUGGAACAGAGGAAGAAAGAGAGACUUUUCUGCCACUAGGCCAAAGAUCUUAUUUAGAGAAGGAAACCUCAGUGUGACACACUAUCAGAAAUGCCAUGUCCGUUAUAAUUAGAAGUGCACUGGACUUUGAUGAAGUUAUAAUUAAAUUACAGUGGUGUACAAGUGUUAUAUGAUAAUAUACUUCAUUUGUUUACAAAAUCUGUUUGAGCUGAGCCUAUCCCCCCCCUUUCUUUUUUUGAGGGAUGCGAGUAGUUCAUCUAAAAAGCUGCUUACAAUUAGGAACAAUUAUGUGAAUGUUGGUCAAAUUCAGAAACAGUGUGGUUGGUUGCAUGAACCAGAUGGGAAGAAAAUCAAUUAAAUAUAUAUUUUUAUAAUUGACUUGUUUGGAAAAUUGGGGCCUGUUCAUAAUUAGCUGGAUUUGAUUGUUGUUGAUUUGAUAAAAAAAUUUUUUGAA